CCCCCCUCAUCAUCCAUCAUUGUCAUCCAUCAUCAUAAAAAUAUACUCACCACCCACACCCUCCCCAAAAACCAAACCAUGCCAACCCGACUAAUAUACCUCCUCUCCUCCCAAAACGCCCCCUUCCAACGCGCACAUUUCGCCAUCUUCAUCCCCUCCCCAUCCCCUCUGUCCCCCAACAAUGAACGUGGCACCCUAAUAAACGUCGUCGGCACCCCAAUGGCAGGCUACAAGCUCGAGUUCGAACGCAAUCAGGUCCCUGCUUCACGUCAACACUAUCAACAUUAUGAGUUAUUCCCGAUUGGACAGGUUGACUCGGUGAACAUCGUUGAUAGCGAGGAUGAGGUACAUAGUGUUGAUGAUAGCCCAAGGGGAGAGGUUGAGAUUGCGGCGGCGCAGGUUAAGCCGCCGGGGAUAAGUGAGAAUUUCCUCGCGCCUGUGAACGAUACCACGAAUAGAAGAUGCCAAGAAUGGACGAUGGAGUAUGUGCGGCUUCUGGUGAAAAAGGGGAUUAUCGCGGAGGAGGCUGUGAACAUUGUGCAGGGGAAGAGGGAUCCACCGGGGCAUGGCAUUGGGUUGAGUGCUGUUCAGCGGUGAUGCACUUGUUGCGUGGAUGGGCUUGCAGAUGGGAAGUGGAAGGGGGCGGGGGG